AUUGGAAUAAAUUGUCACUUGAAUCUAACAUAACAUCAAUCAUCAUUUCAUCAGAGAAUCUGCAAAAAAAAACUUCGUUGAAUAAUAAAAAAAAUGUCUAAACCAACAUUUUACUUUCAUCCAUUCAGCGGCCCAUGCCGAACUGUUUCGACCGUUGCUAAAAUUCUCAAUGUUGAGAUGGAAAUGAAAAAAUUGGAUCUUUUAACCCAAGAACAUCUUAAACCUGAAUUCCUCAAGGUUAAUCCUUUCCAUAAGAUUCCAACUUUUGUCGACACCGAUGGUUUCACUAUUGAUGAAUCACGUGUAAUUGCCAUGUAUUUGUUGCAAAGUCGAAAACCAGAUUCUUUCUUAUAUCCGAAUAAUGAUCUGAAAAAACGUACACAAAUUGAUCGUUGGCUUCAUUAUGAUAUUAGCUUCGCAACUAUUAUCUCGACUCCAAUGUAUUGUAAAUUCAGAGGAAAACCAGUUCAAGAUCAUCAAGUAGAACAAGGUAAAGAAACGCUCAAAACAUUGGAUGGUGUAAUGGCAAGCUUUGGAGGCAAAUUUUUAACUGGUUCCGAUCAAAUAACAUUAGCCGAUAUUGCCAUGUAUUUUAGCUGCAAUACAAUGGAAAUUUAUUCUGAAUAUUUUAAAUUUGAUGAUUAUCCAAAUUUGAAAUCCUGGUAUCAACGAGUUGCAGAAGCAUUGAAACAAUACGAUACAGAAGGAGAAAUUCCAAAAGCAAUUGAAAUGAUCAAGCAAUUUGCUCAACAACGAAUGGCCGAAUCUGCUAAACACAAUCCACAAAAAAAAAUGUCGAAACCGGUAUUAUACUAUACGGCGGCUUGUCCACCAUGUCGCACGGUUAUUGCCAUUUUCCGAAUGCUCAAUAUAGACUUGGAAAUGAAAUCGAUUAAUCUGUCUGAAAAAGAACAUUUAUUACCAGAAUUUGGCCAGAUCAAUCCAUUCCAUAAGGUUCCAACAUUUGUCGAUGUUGAUGGUUUUGUCUUGGAUGAAUCACGUGCUAUCUGUAUGUAUUUGAUACAGAGCCAACAUCCUGAUUCUUCGUUAUAUCCACAUGACGAUCUUAAAAAACGUUCACAAAUCGAUCGUUGGAUUCAAUUUGAUAUAAGUUUCUAUUCAAUGAUCGCAGUGCCAUUUUAUUCCACAAUUUUCGGUCUACCAAUAGAUCAAUUCAAAUUGAACCAAGCAAAAGAAACAUUAAAAAUUUUAAAUGAUGUAAUGGCCGGAUUUUAUGGUCGAUUCAUUAUUGGUUCCGAACAGAUUACUUUGGCUGAUGUAGCCUUGUAUUUUACAUGUACUAUGAUGGAAGUUGCUUCCGAUUAUUAUGAUUUUGCUGAUUAUCCACAUCUUAAAACCUGGUAUGAACGAGUAUGCCAUUCAUUAAAACCAUAUGAUACGGAUGGUUUUUUCGUCAAGGCAAUCGAAGCAUUAAAACAUUAUGUACAGCAAUGUAAAGCAACUAAUAAUGAUAGCAACAACAAUUGAUUGAUAAUUUGACAAUUAUUUAAGCAAGUUCUCUUAAUUUAAUGGUACAAUUCAUUAAAAAAAACACAGGAUUAAAAACUUGCGUUUCUCCCAUUAAU